AUUUAGCAAUGCAAUUUUGGCUGACAAUAAUAUUCUUUAUCGUUUCGGCUAGUCUGUAACAAAAAAUAACCGUAGAUCAUGGCUGGUACAUACGAUUACGCCGGCGGCAGAUCUGCCCCGCCACCUGCUGACGGAGGAUACAGUGGAUCCGGCGGCGAUGGAUACGAUGGAUCGCGCGGUGGUGGUGGAUAUGGUGCUCCGGGUAGCGGUGGCGGAUAUGGUGGUUCUGGUGGCGGGGGUGGAUAUGGUGGUUCUGGUGGCGGUGGUAGAUAUGGUGGUCCAGGCAGAGGUGGAUCCGGUGGUGGAUAUGGAUCAGGAUCAGGCAGUGGAGGGGGAUAUGGUGCUGGAGGUGGUGAUUAUGGAGGAUACGGUAACAGUGAUAGAGGAGGUGGGAGAGGAAGCAGAGUAUAUGGUGGUGGUUCUCAUAAUCGAGGUGGUGGUGAAUAUCAAGGAGGAGGUGGUGGCGGCGGUGGAAGAGGUGGUGGAGGAAGUGGGAGGGAUGGUGAUUGGCGUUGCCCUAAUCCGAGUUGUGGAAACUUGAACUUUGCUCGAAGAGUCGAGUGUAAUAAAUGUGGUGCACCUUCGCCUGUGGAUAAUGAUGAUCGUGGUAGCAGAGGUGGUAGUGGUUACAGUAGAGGUGGAUAUGAUGGGGGAUAUGCAAAUAAUCGAGGGGGAAGAGGCGAUAAUUAUGAUAAAGGAGGUGGAGGAAGCAAUAGAUACAGCUCGUAUUUUGGUAAUCAAGGAAGAGAUGAUGGUGGUUAUGGUCAUGGUCCUCAAGUUGCUCCUCCAUCUCACGGAGGCCCGUAUAGCAACCAUCCACCACCGUCCAACACUUACAGUGGGAACCCAGACUAUGCCCCUGAUGCAGUUCAUCAGCCUGCAAGUUACGGUGGAGGACCUGUGUCAUAUCCUCCUUCACAUGCUAGCACUGUUGGCUAUGUUGGGAAUACACAAUCUCAUGCCCGUGGUGGUGGUCGGGGUGGUUCACAAGGAGGAUAUGAUGGGGGAUAUAGCGGUGGUCCUCGAACAGAAGUAGGUAGUUAUGACAGUGCUCCUGCUGAGGCUCCAGCAAAGGUGAAGCAGUGUGAUGAGCAAUGUGGAGAUUCCUGUGAUAACUCCAGAAUAUAUAUCUCAAAUUUGCCUCCUGAUGUCACCAUUGAAGAGCUCCAAGAACUUUUUGGAAGCAUCGGACAAGUAGCGAGAAUCAAGCAAAAACGAGGUUACAAGGACCAGUGGCCUUGGAGCAUAAAGUUAUACUCAGAUGAAAAAGGGAACAACAAAGGGGAUGCAGUUUUGUCAUAUGAAGAUCCUUCUGCAGCGCACUCGGCUGGAGGCUUUUUCAAUAAUUACGACUUCAGAGGUUAUAAGAUCAGUGUUGCAAUGGCUGAGAAAUCUGCACCAAAGGCUCCUCCAGCAUAUGGGUCUGGGGGCGGUGCUCGAGGCGGUUAUGGUGGUGACAGGCGCAGAGGUAACUAUGGUUCUGGUCCAGAGAGAAACUAUCAUGGUGGAAACCGCUCACGUCCCUACUGAAUUUCAGCUACACAAUCUAUGUACUAAUUAUAUGUGGUGGGAGGGUUUUUUUAAUUAGUUCCAUUCCAUGAUAUACUCCCUUAGCUGGAGACUAAGAGGUAGGUUGUUCACUUACUCUAAGCGCUACCCUUUUUCUCCUUACUGUCUGCUACUUAGAGGGGUUUUCCAUUCCAGUUUGAAGAUAUGAUUAAUAUGUACUAUGUGAAUGUUUUUAUAGAGGCAAAUGGAUGGUUCUGCAAAAUGCUGCAAAGGUAGGUUUGAAAUAUUCAGGUGAGUUGCUUCUUUGAAAAAUCUAACAUGCUCCAUUAAUUCAAGCUGGUUGAUACUGCUUUUGAGUGUGCAUGCUGGCAUCUUCACAUGAUGCCAAAUUUGAUGUUUUAGGUGCAUCUAGAUGGGGGUGGCACAUAAAAAGUUUUCAAACUAUGUUCUCAUUUCUAUGGUUACUGGCUAGUGUCGAGGUCAGAAAUGACCAUCUGGUUUGGAAUCAGUCUAUUUUAGCCAGUGUAAAGGAUCUUUUUAUAUCUUUUGAAAUUGCUCGAGUUGGGUCCUCAAUCCUCUGGUGUUUCUGGUAGAGAAAAGAAUCAAUGUGGUUAGUUUUGCUACUUUUAGAAGUUCGGAGUGUGGAGUGAAGAAUUUCGAGAUUGAUAAUUGUUUCAGUUGUAGGGAUUCUCUCUCCCCCUGUAUCCACUUCUCCUUUUGGUUUUACAUAACAUAAAAUUGUGGUGUGAUGGCCUGUUUGUUGACCGAGCUUUCCUGGGUCGCAUUGGUAUUGACUGGGAAACUUAUGGUGUGAGCAGAAAAAUAGGAUGUCUCAUCUAUUUGAUUAGGACGUUUAGCUGGAGGAGCUAUUCGGUUUUCCUAACAGCACCCUUACGUUACAUAUUGAAAACAAAUCAGCAACCUGUGAAGCCUUUGAAGAAGCAUGAACCAAGGAAGUGCUGACGCCCCCUCCUGCUAAGCUGUGCUAUUGAAUGUCCCCAGCUAUAGAAGCCUAUCUGAGACAGUUGUGUGAUUAGUGGAUUAGUGGCCAAUUCGAUCUUAAAUGUUUUUACUAUGUUUCUUUGUUUCUUGAAUAAAAUGGGUCCUCCUAUAAUAUAACGAAAGAGGAAAUUGGUAAAUGGAGGAGUCUUGAAACGGUUAACGCUCAAAGAUAAACUUUCUGCUAUUGAGUAUUUUGUUACUAUGUUUGUGUGAAUUUGGCCAUUUUGACAAACCUCUAUUAAAUAAUAAUUGCUACUUGCGUUUCUAAUUGAAAA